AUGCACAUCAUCCCUUUCCCCCGUGUUGCUUCUAAUCCAUCAACUCCUACCACAAACGUUGCACCAUCAACUUCUACACAUAUCCCAGGGACACAUUCAAGUUCAGCAAUUAAUGAUAUGGAUGCAGUUAAUGAUAUUAAUGUGGAAGAGGAGUCCAAUAAUCGUCCUAUGAUUCGACCUGUUGGUGGAGGGUUUUAUCCAUCAAAAGUUGCAUCAAAAGCCAUCACAGCCACAAUUAAGCAGCAAUUUGAUCAGCCAUGGCUAACAUGGGGAACAAUCCCUAAAAGUGAGAGAGGUCUUUACUUCCAACGUUUUAAGAGAAAGGUGUCAUGGAGGGUUGAGGACGAGGAUAGAAUUCUAAAAAAUUUUCACUCCAAAGCAUCUCAUAGACUUUCAGAGAUGUUUAAAGAGGCUCGAAGAGAAGGUAAGAGGCCUAAUUGGAUUGGAGAUUCUAUUUGGAACAGUUUGUUGGAGAAAUGGAACAUGCCUAUGUAUCGAGAGAAAUGUGAUACAGCUAAGAAAAACCGAUUAUCUGAGAAAGGUGGGAGUUUGCACACGGGGGAUCUAUCAGCGUGCAUGACCAUGCUAUUCACAGAGGAGCUUGGUCGUGCAGUCCAUGUUGAUGAAAUCUUUGAACAAACGCACAUACGAAAGGCUACAGGGGAUUUUGUCGAUGAGAGAUCUAGGCGGACACAUGAAGAAUUUCAAAAUAGAUUUUCUCAAGCAUUAUCUGAGACUGCAUCUGUUGGUGUCUCACAAUCCACACCCAUGGACCCUGCUGAGGAGGAGAGACUAAGGAACAGAUGUUGGUUAGAGGCGGCAGGUGGAAGUUACAUACAACAGACACAAGCAUCUUCUAGUCAGCAAGUAAAUCCAGAGCAGAUUAUUCAACUUCAAACGCGACUAGCAACUAGUGAAGAGCGCAUUCGUCAAAUGAGUUCCCAAUUUCAAACCCAAUUUGAUACGAUACAAAAUUUUAUUGGUGCGAUCAUCCAGUAUUUGCCACCUCCAGCAGCAGCGGUUGCACAAACUAUUUUCCAGCAGCCAAAUACUGAGCAAGGGAAUCAGGCUGAACAAGAGAAUCAAGUGCAGCAUCAACAAGUGGAACAAGAUCAUGAAGAAGCCCCUACUUCACCUCGUCCUUAUCGUGAUUAUUAG